AUGGCGGAUCCCUAUUACUCAUAUGGUGCUCCUGCGGCAGCCGAAGGAGCAAGCAUUGCAAGGACCAGCUUUGCUGGUUAUAUUCCAUCUGAGCCUUCAAAUUCUACUGAAUUGCGGGACAUUGGAUCAGAUUACCUGCAGAGAGACAUAGGCUUGUUUUACAGUGCUGAUGAUACCUUGGGACCCAGGGUUCAUUCUGAGCCUGUUAAGGGUUAUUCACCUCUUUCAAAUCCUGAUCUGAGUAAAAAACGAGAUAAGACACCACUAGGCAUUAAUCAUGGGGUUCCUGAUGUAAACAGUGAAAGAGCAUCAUCUAAAAGCAGUUAUGAUGGUCUGCCUGUUUCGGCAGUGGACUCGAACAUUCUGUUUGUGGGUGGACUCCCAAAUAAUUGCACUAGAAGGGAAGUUGGGCGUAUCCUUUGUGGCUUAUAUGUCAGCUUGUAUUCUUUGCAUAUUGGUUAUUGUUCCAAACAUAGCAAUAAUAGAUAG